ACGCUUUUAACCGGAAAUCCAUAUUUGUUGCAUACUUUUGAGGCGCAGUCAUCUGAAUGAAAGCCAACAACUUCGAAAUUCAUUUCCGUCAGUUAAAUAAAAUAUAAUAAUUGCUUAUAUAAUGUAACGAAACAAAAAAAAAAAAAAAUAUUCAAAACAAAGAAAAAGAAAAGUCGUGAAUAUUAAUGCACUCGAAUAGUGCUUAAAAUAUGGUAUCACUCCAAAUUUUGACUUUAAUUUAUUUACGCGCAGGCGCCGUGCUAAUAAUUCCGUUUAAUGACAGAGCACCAGUAUAAUUUCACAUAGACGGCUAAAGUGAAUAUAUUUUUCCAAGAAGAUAAACUGCUAUGCUGCAUCAUCAAUUUUGGAUAACGAAAAAAACCGUGCAACGUAAACUUGGCACCAAGGAAGAUGAAUACAUUAUAUCCUCGGAUGCAGAUCUCGAUGCAAAAAUCGAGGUGUUCAAGUCAAUAGCAAAUACCAGCUUUGAAUUGGGAAAAAUCAUUGACCAGCUGCAGGAAAGAUUGUGCAUUUUGUCGCAGGAGGAAUGUGUGUUCGGACGUUUUCUCAAAGAAGUAGGAAAACGGAGCAAGACUACUGGUCAAAGUAUUACAAAUACGGGAAAGGCUGUUUCGUACAGUGGGCAACAGCGUAUGUGUGUGCGUGUACCAUUGCUACGACUGCAUCACGAAGUUGAGGUUUUUCGCAGCAGAGCGGUACGCGAUACACAGGCCACGUUGCAGACAAUGGAAAAAGAACGCACUGAAUAUCGUGCUGCGCUUUCUUGGAUGAAGUCGGCCAGCACGGAGUUAGAUCCGGAUACGGGAAAAGGGUUGGACAAAUUUCGUACAGCACAAACGCAUGUGCGUGCAGCCAAGCAUAAUUUCGAUAGCCUUUCAAUGGAUUCAAUACAGAAAAUUGAUUUGUUAGCUGCGGCCAGGUGCAAUAUGUAUUCACACGCAUUGGUUUCAUAUAUGAGCGAAUUGAAGGAGUUCGCACAGAAAACAUCAAGUACAUUUGAAACAAUUUCCAAGUCUUUGCUGCAAAAACCUAAAUAUGAUUUUUGUGUGCUCAAGGAGCUAACUCAAAAUGAAGGUCUUGCCGAUGAUGAAAAAAUCGACGACAUUGUGGCGUUGGAUAAAGAUCAGUCGCUGUUCUUUGAGAGUGAAUAUAGCGAUGAAAAGCAUAAACAAAGCGAAAAUAAAGAUGUGAAAACUGAUAUAUUGGAGACUGUUGCAGCGAAUGAUAACACUCUGAUUGAAUUGACGCCAAAUGUUGAUGAUGAACUUAUAAUACCAUCCGAGCCAAUUGACCAAAGCAAUACAGCUACGAACCAAAGUAUUUGGUCUGGCCUAUGGCCACUUGGUCAGAUCGGGAAUAAUAAUAAUAACGUCAAACCAAAUACCAUGAAUUCACCAGCUCAAAAUAUGAAUACAACAGAAAAGACCACCUCUGAAACUCUAGCUAAAACAACGAAGUCUACUAAUUGGAUGGAUCUUUUUGCAGAGUUAGAUCCUUUAGCUAAUCCCGAGGCAUUUGAUUUGAAACUCAGUGGGGGCCGUGUAAAUGCACAACAAAUAUAAAUUGUUUUGAAACACAUAUUUUGUAUUGCACAUAAAACUUCAUUUGUGCAUUGCCAAUAGAUAGCAAUGAUUGAAAUUGUUUUUAAUGUAAUUUGAGACUCUAAUGAAAAUAUCUUUUUUUACAGAAAAAAUUCAUCUUAGAUAUAAGCCUUCUUCUUUGGUAUUAUUUUAUCGCGGAAAAGUGUACUUUUCAUUUAAGGGGUUAUACGCAGUUAUGACUUUCAAAAAAAUCGAUUUUUUUUUAUUGCAUUUUUGUAAUGCACAUAUAUUCAAAAGUAUACGCACGAAAUGUGAAGUAGAUCUAAGCAAUACUUUCGCAGUUAUACCUAAAUAGGCACGUUUUAAGGUAGGUAUUGAAACUUUAAACGUGUUUUUUUCAAAACGGCAUUUUUCAAGUCGGUGUACACGAUAUCUCGAAAACGGCUUGUUUGAUUGGUCAACCGUUUUAACUCAAUCUUUAAAGAUACAUUUUCUAGUAAUUAAUCGUUCCUUUUGUAAAUCUGAUACUUAUUUUCCAUUUUAUAAUCAAUUUACGGCCAAAUUUUAACGUAAAAAUCGAAAUCAUUUCUUUUAAAAGCUGCCAUUUUGUGAAAAUUCACUAUUUUGAUUAGCCGAACGAUUAAUUACUAGAUAAUCUAAUAUAUUAACAAAAUUUUUUCGAUUUCAGAUAAUCCAAUCCUGAGUUACGAUGUACACCGUAAAUCGUCUUUUUUUAAAGGAGGUUCCAGAAAUCGCCUGCAGCGCGCUCUAUAAUCAACAUUUUCAUAAAUAAAAAAUUUUGUUACGUUCUUGAAGGAUGCUUUUAUAACCGCCAAAAAUUUUCAAAUUAAAAUAUUCUGAAGUUUCUUCAGGAUAAAUCCUUGACAACCCGUCUUUUAUUUGCUUCAUAACUGCGUAUAACCCCUUAAUGUUUCGGAACUUCUCCAAUUACUUAUUUCAAUCAAACCCUAACAAAUACUUACGUAUGAG